AUUCCCCUGGAACCUGUUUCUCUGCUUCCUGGCUCAGCUGGGGCACCCACUGGAGGGAGAGGCCAGGCCAAAGACCCGGCCCGCCAUGGCCUUGGCCCUGAGGCCACCCCGGGUUCCCAAGCCCAAGAGGAGCCUGCCCUCACACUACCACGAAAGCUUCCUGGAGAAGAAGGGACCCCGAGACCGGGAUUACAAGAAGUUCUGGGCAGGCCUCCAGGGCCUGACUCUCUAUUUCUACAAUAGCAAUCGGGACUCCCAGCAUAUGGAGAAGCUAGACCUAGGAACGUUUGUGAAGCUCACAGAUGAAGCUCCCUGGGGGAGCUCCCAUGACCGUGGCACCCACUUCUGCUUGGUCCUGCGGAACCAGGAGAUCAAGUUCAAGGUAGAGAGUCUGGAGUCUCGGGAGAUGUGGAAAGGCUUCAUCCUGAUGAUGGUGGAGCUCCGUGUCCCGUCUAACCUGAACCUGCUGCCCGGACACCUGUACAUGAUGGCCGAGGUCCUGGCCAAAGAAGAGGCACGACGUGCGCUCGAGAUGCCCUCGUGCUUCCUGAAAGUGAGCCGGCUGGAGGCUCAGUUGCUCCUGGAGCGCCACCCCGAGUGCGGGAACCUGCUGCUCCGGCCCAGCGGGGACGGCGCGGGCGGAGUGUCGGUCAGCACGCUCCAGACGCUCAACGGGAUGCCGGUGGUCCGGCACUACAGAGUGAAGCGCGAGGGCCCCAAGUACGUGAUCGACGUGGAGGAGCCGUUCUCCUGCACCUCGCUCGACGCAGUGGUCAACUAUUUCGUGUCGCACUCCAAUAAGCAGCUGAUGCCCUUCCUGCUGGACGAUGACUACGAGAAAGUGAUUGGCUACGUGGAGGCGGAUAAAGAGAAUGGCGAGAGUGUGUGGGUGGCGCCCUCGGCCCCCGGCCCAGGUCCCGCAGCCCCUAGGGGUGGCCCUAAGCAGCUGCCUCCCUCGUCCAUCACGCCUGUGUCCAGCCAGGACAAGCUGCCUCCACUACUGAACCAGGAUGAGAACUAUGUGAUCCCCAUUGAAGAUGACCCAGCUGCCAACUACGUGAACGGGGACGUGCCUUCCCCUAGUCGACCAGUUGUCCCGAAGCCCAGGAAGUUGGCCAUGUUUCAGGCAAAGCCUCCAAAACCACCCAUCGUGCCCAAGUCAGGUAGGGGUCCCUCUUCCCAGCCCUUUCCCAUCCAGCCAAGAGCCAGCCUCAGCCUUCAUCUACCUUCUCCACCAGAGCCCAAAAAAGGCCUCAACAGUGGCCUGGCCAGGAAGCUGGCAGUCAGCUCAGCGCAGGCUUCCUCCUCCCCGACCACAGGUCUUUUGAGGGAUUCAAGUUCCUGCCCUAUGGAUUUUGGAAAAGGCCAGAGAGGCAAAGAGGAUGCAUCCAGAAGCCUGUGAUGGAGAAGGUCUACACCUUGAUGACGGUGGUGAUGACACAGAUUUACACAUGGGAUAAAAUGGCACAUGGGAUUACACAGGCACACACGAAUGAGUGCGUGUAAAACUGGUGAAAAGCGAGUCAACACUGCAGAAGGUACCCGUAUCAGCUUUCUGGUUCUGGUAUUGAGUUCUAGUUAUGUAAGCUGCCACUACCAGAGAAAGCUGGGUAUAGCCACACAAGGGACUAUCACUCAGCCUUAAAAAAGGAAGGACAUUCUGACACAGGGUACCACGUGGAUGAACCUUGAGGACAUGAUGUUCAGUGACAUAAGCCAGACAUACUGUGUGAUUCCACCUAUAUUAGGCACUCAGAGUAGUAACAAUCGUAAGGACUGGAAGUAGAAUGGUGGGUGCCAGGGGCUGCGGGGAGGGGAAUGGGAGUUAGCGUCUAAUGGGGACAG